AUGGAAAGCUCAACAGAACCUUCGUCGUUUUUGCAUUUCCCUUCCAUAGCCGCCACUGCGGAAGGGGGACAGCUAUUACCAUCUAAUCCAACUUUCGUGGAUAAAUCCGAUUAUCGAUCGUUUUACAACUACAAAGCUUCCAAAGGCAGAACUCUUUUGAGAGAUCAGACAACCUUGGCUACGGAGUUGCCCACGCUACUUCCGAAAGGAUUGCAUUACAUCGCUAACUUUGUGUCCUUUGAAGAUCUCUAUUCUGAUGGAGCGUUUAAACAAUCAAAGCGAAACCUAGUUAGUAUCACCAGCGAGCAUCUCUCACUCCUCUAUCGGUCCAAGUGCAUCGAUCGAGGCUUGAUCCCGUCGUGGGAGAGGGAAGUGCGAUUCAUGGAAUUUCUUAGCUGCAACUGCAAAGGCAAUUUCUUCUGUCUUCCUGAGACUGGUCUGGGACCAGCAAGCGCUGAGGUCAUCAAAUGUAUUCUUUCAAACAACAAGACGUACAGUGUUUUAGAUUUGAGCGAUAACUACUUGCGGGAUGAAGGCGCUCAGUCCAUCGGGGAGCUUUUGCGGGUAAACCGAACCCUUGUGCACGUUGGGCUGAGCUCUAACGACAUCAGCCACAAAGGUGCCUCCGCCAUUGCAAGUGCUCUGGAAGAUAACAAAACUGUUGUCUCCCUGGACCUGGGAGCUAGAUCCGGAGUGAACGCAAAUCACAUUGGAAGUCAAGGUGCAGAGGCACUUGGCAAGCUUCUUAAGGUCAACCAAGUGCUCUCAAAGCUUGACUUGGGCAGCAAUGGCCUUGGGCCGAGUGGUCUUUCGUUUCUUGCCUCUAGUUUGAUCGAAAACAACACCCUAACUCAUCUGAAUCUUAGUAGCAACAAUCUAGGCCGUGAUGGUGCGCGAAUCCUUGCUAAGAUUUUGGAAUGUUGUCGUCUCGUUCACCUUUCUCUUGAACGAAAUGCCUUGACGGAUGUUGGCGGUCACCUUAUCAUCCAAGCCAUUCAUUCGGCCAUGCGGAAUGGAGAAAGUUUAUUGAAGUACCUAGACCUCAAGAACAACAGCCUUGGGGAGCAUUCAGCGAAGGCUAUUGGUAAGAUACUUCCCAACGCUACUAACCUCCAGUCGCUCAUUUUAUCAUCCAACGAGUUUGGCGAGUCGGCAAACUUCAUCGCAGAGGGCCUUAUGGAGAACAAGUGCGUUAACACGCUUGACAUGAGCAAUUGCAAGAUCCGGGAGAACGUUGGAGUGCGCUUUGGAAAUGCCCUAUUUGUGAACACCACGCUGAAGUCCUUAAAUUUUAGUAAAAACAAACUCAAGGACCGGGGUGCAAAGGAGGUGUCGCGUGGUUUGGCCGUGAACAAGGCCCUGGUUUCUUUGAAUCUUGCUUCUAACAUGAUUGGCGAUGAGGGCGGAAAAGCACUUGCGGCUGCCUUGGUCUCUAACAAUACACUCCGUGAGCUUGAUUUAAAGCGGAAUACCAUGUCCACUGUGACGGGCAACCUCCUUUAUCAAAGCCUCCGUGGCCGUUCGUCCGUCGACCGCCUGGACGCUACCUACAACGACUUUUCAUACAAGUGCUUCAUGAAUAUAAAGUCCUGUCUUGAAAGGAAUGCGCAAAACAACAAACAGUUGAUUAUUCCAAAGCUAAGGGACGAAAUUGAGGUUUUGGAGCCUAAACAGAUGGAGCUUUUUCAAACUCAAGAGAAAAUCGAUAUGGAAAAGAGGAUCAUCAAGGACAGAACGGAGCAACUUCUGAGGAGGACUGAAGAAGCCCGCGUUAUAUCGGAAAAAAUGAAGCGAAGUGUUCUAGAACUAGAGAAAAAUUCGGAACGAUCUCGCGUCGCGUGCGAGGCUGAGGAGGCUGUGUUCCAGCGCACAGGGGAUGAGUUGACAACGGAAAUGUCUACUUAUAAGACCAAGAAAGCUAGCAUGGAUGCCCGAAUUCAGCAGGAGAAGGAACGAGUCGAUAAGCUUAACCGAGAGAUUGAAAAAAUGAGGUAUCAGAUAAAACGGAUUGAAGAAAGUGAAAACGAACGUUUGGCCCCUCUGUUGAAUGAGAUGGCUGAUGCGGAUACAGAACGAGAUCGUGAAAAGAGAGAUGCAAAAUCUGAGGCAGAGAAGUUAGUAGCCUUAUCCCUGCGCCAAAAAGAACUCGAGGUCCUCCUUAAUCACGCUUCAGGAGUAAAGAAGUAG